CAAGCUGGGGAGCAGUUGAAGUUAGAUAAAACUAUUGAUAUUUUACAAUAGGAGGUCGAAAUACACAUUUUAUAAAGUGGUUGCCAUUUGAGGCACUAUCAAUCGAAACUAUAGCUGUUAGAGCGCAGUGGAAUCAUUAAGACAAACUCUACGGAUUUGGGAAUAUCUUACGAGAGUUAAAUUACUAGAAGAACUGCAACCAUUGACUGACCGACUGACUAGCUGAGCAAGAAGAUUUCCGCUACUUAAGAGCGAGAUCUACUGUUCUAGCACAAGUUGAAGGUCGACGGGAUUAGCCAGACUACAGCGUCAGAUCUCACUGCAAUAGGACCACAGACGACAAGGAAAUUAAAGGAAUCUCUGUAAACCGUCAAACCUAUUCAUUACGUCAAUUUUAAGGCAAUAUAAUCUGCCAAAACGGCGAGAAAUACAAGAAUGUAACAGGAAAAAAGACAUUUUAGAUCGAAAAAUUCAUUCAAUACUUCAUCGCUAAUCAAUCGAGGGAAAUUGAUAAGAACAAAGACACGAAAUCGUGAUUACUUUAAUAUCAGAAUACAGCAAUCUCACCAGCAUUAGCAGGAUCCUUGAUCAUUACGGUCAUUACCCCUUAAUGAUCCGGCUCAAUUAACAUCAAAAGUUCAAGACAGAAUACGUCAUAAGAGAAUAAGUAACAGCGUCGCCACAGGACAAAAAGGAAAGAAACUGACGUAAUCGAUGAAUAUAUCUAAGGAUGUCAAAAAUCACAUCAAAAUAGUUCCUGAUUUCAAAAGCAGUAUAAAUACGAGGUUGUGAAGAAGUUGAAAACAGUGCAUUACUGUUGAUAUCAUGGCGAACAACAGCACCAACUCCCAGGUUUCCAGUCUUCAAACGAACGAUUCCAUCCAUUAUGCGUAUUUUAGCGCCGAAUCAGAUAUUUUCCCUUUAUUAGUUGCGUUUCUAAUCGUCAUUAUAAACGCGUGGGUCAUCAUUCUCAUAUUGAAGAAUAAGCUUCUAAGAACCGUUACAAACUUCAUUCUGUCGAGUCUUGCCUUUUCUGAUCUAUUGACAGGCCUGCUGAGUAUUCCAAUGUUCGUCGCGUGCAACGUAGUGCGAACCUUGCCACUUUGCAUCACAUCUGACGUUUUCCUGAGAUUCACUUCGAUUUCUACAGUCGCUCAUCUUCUGGCCGUUACCUUUGAUCGUUACCUUGCUAUAAUGCACUCUCUUAGGUACGCUACACUCAUGACCAAAAGUCGUGCACUUUUUGGCCUUAUCUUCAUCUGGGUCACCUCCGUUGCAAUGUCCCUGAUACACUUCAGUUGGUCCACUCUAAUAACUGACGAGGAUGUGAACGGGAAAAUGCCCCAGUCCGAGAAAGAAAACGAGAUUCGUUAUGAUAUUUUUUGCCUUAUCACCUACUUCUUUCUUCCCCUGAUAUUCAUGAUGUACGCUUAUGGACGGAUCUUUUAUCAAGUUGUGCGUCAGAGACGCAUCAUGACACGCAACAACCUACCCGGCUUCCAACCUCACAAUCGCCUCUCGAUCGAAAGCCACAAAUGGAAGGCAGCAAUCAUUUUUUUGGUUAUGCUUCUGGUUUACACAAUAUGCUGGCUGCCUUAUUUCGCUUACAGAUUGCAAUACAACUUUGAAGAUGGCGAGAAAAACAUCCUUCCUAUAGCAAUGCAGUAUCUUAUAAUCUAUCAAAGAUUCUGCACCUCUUUAUUCAAUCCUUUGUUGUACAUACUAGGAAAGCAAGACUUUAGAAAGACAAUACUAACGAGGUUUGAGAGAAGGCCCACUCGCUCAUAUACAGGAUCGACUAGUUUGUUACGGUCAACUUACGUAUAAGAAAUCUGCUCAAAGUGUUAGAGAUGAAGGCAGGAAAAUUUGUAACAAUGUAUCAACAAGACUUUAAUUUUCAAUGCAACAUGAUAUUUCGGGCAAGAAAUUAUUUCCAUAACGUGAACACUCGCUAAGCAAAACCUUGGGGAAAAAACCCCUGACAUUUGCCCUUUGAAUGACCGUGUAACAAUCUGCAACAGACUAGCUUCUGUUAUAAUAUGGCGGGAAACAUCAUCACGUGACACUGGUUAAAAACAGCCGUCUACGAGGAUGAAUGGUGCACUUUGACAUUCUACAUGCGAAGGGAAGCCUACCAAAUAUUUGGAGAGAUUGCACAACAGCAAAUUGAAGCACGCUUGGCUUGGUUAAUGGCAGUAGAAGUUCUCGUGUGCACUAGGGAAGACGGCGCUUCAAGGUCCAGAUAAAAAACGGGUGUUCGAUUAACAUUGUCGUUACUUGCAGUCUGUCAUAUUUAUGACUUCAAAUGACAUCUAUGAUCUAUGUUAGGUUGAUCUUGCUUCCAGUAUUUACAAAGUCACGUGAUACAUGUAACUAACCAAUCAGAGUUCACAAAAGGUCGACGCGGUUUGACGUAUACUAAUAUCAGCUGUUGGGUUGAAAAAGGCGGAAUUAAUGGCAACACAGAAACACAAAGAUAACAAGACAGACAAAACAUGGAUUCAAAGUUAUAAUUGUGUUGCUUUGUCCUGAGGUGCUUUUUGUCUUCCGACCGGCGAUGUAAACAAGAUGGUGUUGAUAUUACUGACCUGAUUCAUUGACAAAUAGAUAUUUUGAUAAGAUUUUUGGAGCUGAUCAUCUAGAGAUUCCAAAGCAUGAUGGAGUAAACUCGCGACAAUCGACCGACUCAUCUAAU